CGUGUGGACCGGGCUUUACCACGGGACAGAGACGGGACAUUUUCAGUACCCGGUUGAGAUUUUUGAGCUUCAGUAGUUGGCAUGACGGAAUUCAAAUAGAUUGAGCGCGAAGUCACAAAUGCCAGAAAAAAAAUUGUUUACGAAGACGGUGUGUGAUGUCGUUGGGACGUAGUGAAUUGUAAAAAGAAUAAUGUUGGAGAACAACGUGGUAGAUGUGAAAAACAUGUCUGAUGGUGGGGUUGAAGAAAUGUCCCAAACUGCAUUUGAAAUUGAUGACAUACUACUCAACAAACAAUUUAUUUGUGAAGCUGUAACAAAGGUGAAAGAAAUGAAAAAAGACACAGAUUUGGAACUAUCAGAUUUUGUGUCCGCACAAAGGAAAGGACUAACACCAGAAGAAAUUGAGCGUCUUCUUCUGCAAUCAUCUGACAAAGAAGAUUAUGCAGGUUUCUCUGACAGCGAUGAGGAAGCAGAAAUAAUUGAAAGUGCAGAUCAUUCCAGCGAAUCUGAGCAGUCAUGUGUUGACGGGAAUGAAGUGAAAGGAAUGCCACAUGAUGACUGCCAUUUUUAUAUUGGUAAGGACCAAGAAACUUUGUGGAUAAAUAAUCCAUUAGCACUACCAGGGAAACCAAAACGCGGCACCGAGUGCCGCACGCGCCCGCUGAUGCAACAAUCUUAA